AUGGGUCGUUGCCUGUACUACGGCCCCUAUGUUCUACCCAAAGUCGCUGCCACCCAAGCUCACUUCUCAACUUUCGGAUACGAAACGUCCCAUCACGUUUCUGGCAUCUUCUUUGACGCUAUGACUUCUUCUCCCGGUUGGGCCAAGACCAUAGGCGUCACACUUGAGCCAACCCCUCAGAGGGCCAAGAAUAUUCCAACAACUCUAUCCAUUCCGGCGUUUAGAACACUCGAACCGAGAUACUUUUUGUCUGGGAAUCCUUACGGUGCCUUUCUGAGCAAAGCUGCUUUCGCCGGGGCCAGAAGCCUGCAAGCACAGAAGCAUGGAUCCCGAUAUACUGGUCUCUUAGCUACCUUUGAAGAUGAAUCCGCACUGACUCUGGGGCAGUGGGACCCUAGUCAGUUGGAUACAAUAUCCCUCCUCUACAGCGAAGAGCAGGGACCGCUCAACACAAUUGUAUUCAUCCUCUCUGAGCCUUUAGAAAAGGAAGGUGUUGUAUUUAGAGAUAUCCUUCAUCAAUAUCGGUAUGUGGAGGAUAUUGUGCUAUAUGAUACGGAGACAGAGAAGGCCUGUUUCAAAUGGGGAGAUCUGGGCGCUGAAAUUGCUUGGUACUUUACCUCCCAAUGUGACAUAUUUGCCUACUGGGACGGCGGUACCCAGACAGCGGGUUUGACGGACAGCACUAUCCCAUACAACAUAGUAGACUCAUUCUGA